AUGACGGGCAAAGCGGGCGCGGCGCUGGCCCCCAGCCUGCCCGGCAAGCCCAAGCCCGACGGCGCGGCCGCCGCCCCCGCCGCCCCGCCGCCGCCCCCGCCGCCCCCCGCGGCUGGGGUCAAGUCCAACUCCGGGCCCACCCCUCCCCGCUGCACCGGCUUCGGCAUCCAGGAGAUCCUGGGCUUGAACAAGGAGCCGCCGUCGCACCCUCGGGCCGCCCUGGACUCUCUGCCCGCCGGGCACCUGCUGGCGGCCCGCUCCGUGCUCAGUCCCGCCGGGGUGGGCGGCGUGGGCAUGGGGCUGCUGGGCGCCAGCGGCAUCCCCGGCUUUUACACCCAGCCCACCUUCCUAGAGGUGCUCUCCGACCCCCAGAGCGUCCACCUGCAGCCGCUGGCCCGGGCCCCCGGGCAGCUGGACAGCAGCCAGACGGCCAGCUCAGAUUCCGAGGAUGUCUCCUCCAGCGACCGAAAAAUGUCCAAAUCCUCCCUAAAUCAGAGCAAGAAACGAAAGAAGAGGCGGCACAGGACAAUCUUCACAUCCUAUCAACUGGAGGAGCUGGAAAAGGCCUUCAAUGAGGCCCACUAUCCUGACGUGUAUGCUAGAGAGAUGCUGGCCAUGAAAACAGAGUUGCCAGAAGACAGGAUACAGGUUUGGUUCCAGAACCGCCGUGCCAAAUGGCGGAAGAGGGAGAAGUGCUGGGGCAGGAGCAGUGUGAUGGCUGAGUACGGGCUCUACGGUGCCAUGGUGCGUCACUCCAUCCCGCUGCCUGAGUCCAUCCUCAAGUCUGCCAAGGAUGGCAUCAUGGAGUCCUGUGCCCCUUGGCUCCUGGGGAUGCACAAAAAGUCUCUGGAGGCAGCGGCUGAGGCGGGGAGGAAGACAGAGGUGGAGCGCCAGGCCCUGCCCAAGCUUGACAAAGGUGACAAGGAAGAAAGGGGUCCUGAUCCCAAAACCACCAUUUCCCAGGAGGAACUGAGAGAAAACAGCAUUGCUGCCCUCAGGGCCAAAGCUCAGGAGCACAGCACCAAAGUCCUGGGGACCAUUGCCGGGGACAGCCCAGCCCCAGGCAGGAAGCCGGAGACAGGGGAGGAGGCGGCCGUGGCAGAGGAUGAGAGACAGACGGAGAAGCUGAACUCAUCGCAGAAGGAGGAGAAGCUGAUCUAG